UAAACCUUAAUAACUCAGAAACUAAUAGUUUAAAUUUUGCACUAAUGACAAAAUUAAAAAAAAAUUCACCCAAUUAACAAUUUACAGUUAAAUGGAGGUUCUAAUUUGGAUACAAAGAAAUUGCAAACCUUCAGGAUACAUCACCUUAUAAGGUAAAAUACAUCCAAUGGUAGGUACUUGCAAAAAUAGUGCCUAUAAGCAUAGUAUAUAAACAUUUUAAAAUCAAAAUUUUAUUAAAUGCAUGAUUAAAAAAUAAAAGUGGGAUACUCAAUGGCAUACUUGGUGAGUCACUUUAUAUAUAAGUUGUAUAAAUAAUUAUUUUUUGUUUUGUUUCGUUAUUAUUAGAAAAUUCAAAUCCAUAAUUAUAACUACCUAUCCUAUAGGCACCUACUAAUAAUAUUGCCUUUGUUAUGAUGUUUUGUGAAUACAUUUCAUUCCUUUAAUGAUAUAAUCUAUAAUAAAUCUUAAACCAACAGAUUUUUCAAAAAUGUUUGGUAUGCAUCUUUUAAAUUUUAAAUAUUAAAUUUUCGUUGACAUAUUAAAUAAAUUGUUAUACAUAUUUACAUAUGAUACUGCAUAAUUAUUGUAUGUAGUAUCAGUAUGUAUACUAGCUUGUACCUGACCGUGUUUCUAGUGUUGGGAAUUUCGGAUCGUGAUCGAUGUUUAUAUUAUUUUAACAUUUUUAUUUUGUGUGAUCUAUUUCAAAUAGAAACUGCAUGAGUUCAGAAGGAAAAUUGAUAUAACACAUAGAAUUUUGUAAUUCAGAAAACUAAAUCACAGUAAUUUAUUAAUUAUUCAGAUUUCUUAUGGUUUUGAGUUAAUUAUUAACUUAUCGAUAAUUUGAUGACUAAUACUGGCUUGAAAUCUUGGAAAUGUCAAUAAAUUGUUAACAGAACUGUCUGGUAACCACGUCAUUGUAUGUAAAACAAAUUUUAUGCUACAAUACAGUCAGACCUUAUAAACUGUUAUUCGGCGAACCAAUUGUUUUCAGCAGGGUCCGAUAGAAUACGCAAGACAACGUUGAAGUUAGAGGUGGGAUUUACAUAAUAUUAAAAUGAACGAUCACUCAUAUUGCAAAAGGACGUGCGAGUCCGAAACACAGUUGUACCAUAAUAAUUUAGGCAUCAUAUCCUUUUCAAAAUGCAUCUAUUUGACGGAACACCAGUGGGAAACGCACUUAAGGCGUGACGAGCGGUCUAAUCGGAGCUAUAAUCUGACGAAUCACACGAGGCAGAUACACAAGGACGAGAAACGGUACCAGUGCGAUAUAUGCGGUAAGAUGUUAAGUCGGAAAAUCACUUUGAAUAAUCAUAGGCGGACUCACACGGGCGAAAAACCAUUCACAUGUGAUAUGUGCGGUAAGAUGUUCCGUCAAACCAGUACUUUGAUCUAUCACAAGCGGACUCACACGGGCGAGAGACCGUACCCGUGUGGAGAAUGCGACAAGUCAUUCAUCCGAAAAAGCUUUUUGACGCUACACCAAAGGAAACACACAGGCGAGAGACCAUUAUACCCAUGCGAUGUGUGUGGCAAGUCGUUCAAACAAAGCUCCACCAUUAAGAGACACCGGUUGAUUCACUCAGAGAUAUGUGAUCUAUGAAUUAAACAGAGUUAAAGUUUGGUGUCAUCAAGUUAUGAUUCGCUUUUCUCGUCUUAAUGUUAAUAGCGGUUUUGGGCUGUUGAAAAAAUCGCAUUGCACAUGCAGGUAAUGCGAUUAAUGUGCAACGUUCAUGAUGUACCGUGCAAGUAUAAAAUGUAUUAAAUAUUUUUAAAGGAAUAGUAAAUAAUACUAUUAAAUAGUUUCUGAUAAUGAAACUUACGAUCAUUAAAUAAUCAGUCUUACAUAAAUAACUAAAUAUUAAAUGUUUUUAUCUAUGUAUUAUACCUAGGCAUGUAUGGCGUAUGCGAAUUAUAUGCUUAUUAGGUAUGUAUAGCGAACGUUGAUAUAAAAUCAAGUUUUAUUGAACAUAAUAUAAUAUAUUAUUUUGUAUAUAAAUAUAAUCAUACAUAACAUAUAUAAUAUAUAUGUAUUAAGAAUAAAUGAAACGUAUAUUUGAUAUGGUAAUAAUGGCGGUUAUUGAUUGUUCAGUCACAUUUACGUUUUGAUUUAAAUUGUCAUUUAUAUAUGAAUAACAUUUUUUUAAUAAUUUACA